AUGGUAUUACCAACCAUUCGACUUCUGAUCGAUUGUACACAACGUUGGUCUCUCUUACAAAAAAGUCCUAAACUUUCAGUAUCUAAUCUACAAUCCAUCAUUGGACAAAUUUCAACUGGUGGUUUUCUUCCUAUAUAUUUUCAUGCACAAAAUGCUGCUAUUUUGAUCGAAACUGAUCACAACAACAACAAUCAAUCAUUAAUUUCUUCUUGGCAAGUUCUAUUAUCAACUGAUACAAUUGUAUCUUCUAUUCAACCGCAACUAUCCUGUUUUCCAGUAACAACUUAUAGAUUAUCUGAUCGUUCUUAUCUAACUUCAACGGUACAUUGUGAAUUAUUAAUAGACUUCAUGAAAAAUACGAUUGAAUAUCCAAAAUCUUAUAAAGCCUCUCGUGAAAUAAUGGAAACAAAAGAUGUACCUGUAUCACAUUAUGUAUGUCAGUGGUGGAUUCAACGAUUUCCAGAAAUAACCAUCGAAAAUAGCUCUCAUACAUUAGUUCAAUUCAAUAAAAAGCAUCGUGAUCAAGUUAGAUGGAACAAUGGACAAUUACCUUUUCGACGUUCAGGUUUAUGGAUGACGAUCAAGGUGAUUUUUCAAACUAUUCUAACCAAACAUUUAGGACAUAUUGGUACGAUUGUUUAUAAAUUAUUGAUUACUCAUUUUUUAACACAUAUGAUUUACACAAGACAAACUUCAGCUGAUUCUGUUCUAUCCAUUGAUCUAUUAGUUUAUUGUCUUCGAAAAAUUCUUCGUCGAUUAAAUAAAAUCGAAACUUUGAGUUAUAUGGAAAUUUGGGUUACGUCAUGGUCAGAGAAAUGGAUGAGUCAACCGGCAUCAUGUCGAAAAGAAACAGAACAUUUUCAAAUGUUAUUAAGAUUCUUCGAAGAUUACCAGAAUCGUGCACUAAUGCAUUAUUGUCCGGAACAAUGUCCAACAGAUCCGAUCGGUUAUAGUCGAUUUCUUCUGACAUCAUUAACAAUAAUUCGUGCUAUGCACCAAAAGUUAUGUCAAGAUAAGAAACUUAAACGAUUACAAUUUCAUUGCAUUGACAAUCCAAAUAUGAUGGAUCUUUUCGAAUUUUUGGUCUUACCGAAUCGUGAAGAUAUGAUGCGAGCUCGCAAUCUCUACGAGUAUUUCAACAAGUUUACACAUCAAUCAUAUCCUGAUCUUUUGACCAAUAUUGAGGAAGAAAAUAGUUUCGGUGUUUAUUUUGCAUCUCAAUCGACUAAGAUAAAUAAUUGUCUUCAAAAAAUCGAAGUCCAAGUUGAUAAAGACAAGACAGAGAAAAUUCAGGAAGUACGACGCGCCAAAGAUAGAUAUCAUCGGCUUAUGAAUUCAAUCAAUGGUUGUCAUUGUACGUGUUAUAGUGCACUUGAUUCUAGGCAAUGCCGUCGAUGUCGAAUUGAGCAACAAGCAGACAAUAUUGAAGUCAGCAUCUACGAAUGUCCAAUACCAUCUCGACGAGCCAGUGCUUUGGCUGUUAUGUUUGAAUUACGAAUGCCAACUGAAGUCAGAUGUUAUCGUGAUGUCCUUUGGCUAUUUAUCAAUCGAUCUCAACAUCGACCAGAUAGUCGCAUGUAUGAAUGGUUAAGAGUUCGUCCUCAUUCAUGCAUAUUCGAGCCAUUAUUUACGGGUCCAAGUGAUUGCAAAGUUAAGUUGGUUUCUUCCACCAAUUCAAUUACGCAAAGUCACAUUUCAAAUCCAUCGAUUGCAUUGGCAUCGAUCGAUGACUUUUUAUAUGAAAAUAGUCUACAAGUUGGAAUAUCACCCACUCAAUCACUUCCAUUCCACGACGAGUGUCAACGAUUAACACCUCAGCUGAAUCAUCCUGAAUACAAACAUCUACAGUACUCUAUCGCAUCGACAAAAUUCGUACAAAAUCGUGUCAUAGCUGAUCUUUCACAUACUCAACAUCAACUCAAAACAAAUCAAUUUAUUGAAUUUGGGUCAUUUCGUUCGGGUCAUCGAUUGCAAUGGUGGAAUCUGUUGGCCAUGUUGGAGAUGGAUUCUUUGUCGUUGAAUGAGGAAAGUGUUGCUAUACUGAUUAUUCAUACCAUAUUGCAAUAUGGCCCAAUGACCGAAAAUCCUGAUGAACUUGUAUUUUCUUGGUGUCCUGAGUCCCAUCAGCAACUAUUGGAUGAUUAUUUUGUUGACGAAUUGCUUGUGAGAUUGAAUUGUCAUUUAGAUGAUUGUGCAUCGAAUUGGCAGAAUGAAUUGAUACUAGUGGUGAUUACAAUGAUUACUAUGAGAGUGUUAACUGUAUGCAAUUCAACCCGAGAAGAUAAAGUUACCGAUUUAGCUCUUAAAUGCCGUAGCAUUGGUGAAAAAUGGAUCGAUAUGAUUUCAAUAUCAGGUUUGGAUGAAAUAGAAAACCUUCGCCUUACUAUGAUGACCAUAGGUGUGGCCUGUCUGUUUACAUUUUCAACUCAUACGGACCGCAUCCAUUGUGUUUUGUCAUCGAAUCAACAUAUGAUCUCAUUACUAAAAGCAGCAACAACCGUACAUGAUCAUCUCAUUUUAAACAAGAAGCAAACAUCUAUGAGCAUCUUUGUUAAAAAUCUAAUCCGAUUAAGUGAACAUAUCUUAGUACAAAUCCAGCCCACAAUAGGAGAAUUCCUGCAAAAAUUGUCCUAUCGAAGUUUAAAUGAUUUUUCUGCUAUCUAUUGGGCAGUGAUUAGAAAUGAAGGUACAAUCGAUGGUCAAUGGAAGAAACGAAACAAAGAUAUCUAUGAUAGUUGGUACGAUGGUCAAUAUGAAUCGACUUAUUUAUCGAUUGACUGUUUACGAGGCAUAUUUUUAGUGAAUGGGAUGAGUGUUGGUUAUUUACCGGAAAAAAUUAUCUCCAAUGAAUUAUACGUUCGUGUUUUUAAACAUUAUAUCUUUCAAGUACAAGUGAGUGACUCACCCAAUACGUAUAUUACCAAAUAUACUUAUCCUGAUGACGGUCGAGUUCGAUAUGAAUUUCAUUUUGAUGAUCAACUGAAUCGGUUAAUUGUUCAUGAACGACACAUCAAGACUAAUGAUAUAUUUGAACUGAUACCUUCGAAAUGUUUUGAAACUGAAUUACCAAUCACAUUUGUCUCCGAAUAUAGCCAUUGGAGAAAUAUAAAAGACCAGACAAUCGAGUUUCGACCGAUUCAUUUUAAAGAUCCGGAUUUUUUCAAUUACAAACCAUACGUGUUAAAUAUCGAAACAGGCUAUCUAACGGCUACCAAUAUUAUGAAAACACAGAUUUUAGUUAAUCAAUCGUCGUCACUCUUCCAGAAUUGGUUUACACGGUAUUUCAGUCGUCUCGAUGAAAAGCCCUAUGUGUAUAUGAUGAGAGAUGCUGCAUCAACCGUUAUUCAUAUUCAUCUUUCACGCUUAGCCAUUGCUUUCAAAUACGAUGUAAGCAACCAUUGUUUUACUUCACGUGAAUACUCGAAUAUGUGUAUUGAUGAAGAUCAAUGGUUAGGAACACUGACAGGUUUGAAAUUUGGUCUACUUCUAUCGUCAACGAAAGGAUUCAAUCAUACCCGAAAAUUGAUCGUUCCUUUCGGGCAUGUCGAUGUAAGACAAAGAUCGUCUACUGACCAUCAGAUUGUUACUAUUCAACGAAAGUCAUCAAUGCCAUAUGCUUAUCAAUAUUUUGUUUUUAUUAUGAACGAUCGAUUGCGUAUUAUUCAAUCAACGGAUAGUCCUACUGGAUGGUUGUAUCUGGCAUUACUUCAUGCUCUGACAUCGCAUCCUCUACCUGAUCAAUAUACUGGUAUGACUGGAAUGGAACGUGCUUUUCAAUUGCUCAAUUCCGCUGGUUGCUGGACUGAUCAACCGUUCGAUGCACUUUCUUUACAUAUUCUUCGUCAAAUUGCUGUCAUUUCACCUAGUGCGAAUUAUUCUCGACAAUAUUGUACUUGCAUGCAAAAGAUUAAUUGGAAGUAUCAUAGUAUCCCGUAUUCAUUACAACAUUGUGGCUAUUAUCUGAUAGCAAAAAAACUCAUCGAUACUAGUGAAAAAUUCAAUUUCAUGCAUCUAUCACCACAUUCGAAAGAGAUGUUAAAACUAGCCGAUGAGAAUGAAUAUGAUGAACAAUUAUUGACAAAACUAUAUUGGGACUAUCAUCAUUCAUACAACCCGAUUGCUCGAUUAUCCACCGAAAUGGAAGAAGAACUACUGGAUAAAACAACGGAAGCGCCAUAUCAUCAGACUUACGGAUAUGAUUCGUCGGUUGCAAGCCAUGAACAGGAUCAUCAUGUUAAUGACAUGUAUCGUAGUGGAGAUGUGCGUCUUAAGGACAUUUCAGAAAUUCGUUGCUUCCCAUUGUCUCAAUGGCUUACUGAUGAAUACAGACUGAACAUUGUUUGGAUUGGUUUGUUAAAACUAGCUGAUUCGAUCAAGACAGCUGCAAGUAGUCAUGGCAAAGAAGAACUCGAACGAUUUCAACUGCUAUUAGACUUUCUUCAUUAUAUAUCUGGCAAACAUGCAAUUCGAUCAAUUUAUUUGCAAAUGUUAAACACUGUCUUGCAAGGACCUUCUCUAUCACUGAAAUCAGUCACAUUUCCCCCAUUUACUCAAUAUCAUAACGUUCAACAAAUUUCAGUGAUCAUGAAUGCGAUUGAUUUCGACUGGCACCAUUCAGCAAGUGAACGUAGAACAAUUAUGGAAGAAAUGAAACAUUGUUUAGAGACAGGUCAUACCUACAAAGAUCAUUGUCGUCUGGCAACUUCCGAAGAGAAACAUCAAAUAAAAUUUUUUUUGAAAUCUUGGCAAUUGAAUCGAAAACUUCAGACAUUUCUAAUCACCAUUCAAAACCUAAUCUGCUCUUUUGAUCUUAUUCCAUGGAACACUCGAGUACCUGUUUAUCCUCAAAAGUUUUUACAGAAAGCAAUCGAAGAUCAUCAUCAAAUAGAAGUUAAAUCAACGGAGAAAAAACUCGAUUCACAGCUACUUCUCAAUGCUCAGCAAAAAUAUUUUUAUCCAAAUUCGAACUCUUUUAUUAAGUCAACAUUCAUUCUUCAAAAUCUUAGUCUACAAAAGCAGUUUCCAGCCGAUAUUUUCUCUUCUAUCGACGAUCAACAUAAUCAUCUCAGUGAAAUCGGCAAUUAUUUUAAGAAUCACUUAGCGGAAAGUUGGAAACGACUACAAUCUAUUGAAACUUACCACAGAGAAUAUUCUUCCCAGAAAGAAAUCACCGAAGUUCUUCAAUCUUUUCAACAAGAAUCAACUCAAUUUUGGAAAGAAUUAAUUAAAUCCAUCACUACUGCCAAUGAACAAUUAUUCCAAAUAGGUUUGGUACCAAGAACGACUCCAGCCAUUCUCAUAUCUCUGUUUCAACAGAUCUGGUUCAAUGAAGAAUAUAAAAAACCUGUCAAGUCUCUCUUAACCAAAGAUCAAUGUACACUUCUUGGGGGACUUAUAGUCAAUUGGAUUGUGGAACAACAACUCGAGAGAGCUUUACAUUUUGCUUAUCACAAUGAGCGAGAAGGAUUCGAAAAAGAACUAUUGAAUACCCCUCAUAUCAAUUGGACACCAUCGAAACAUUUGCCAUGGUUAAUCUUCGAACUAGAAAUGAACAUAACAAUUCGUGCAGUUCAAGUGGAUGUUGCUCGUCACAUGAUGCGACUCUCACUAGAUGAUGCUCAAGUAAGAAAUAUCGUUAUGCAAAUGAAUAUGGGUGAAGGAAAAACGUCCGUCAUUAUACCCAUGUUAGCACUUAGCUUAUGUUCACCUUUAUCAAGUUUGGUUCGUGUCAUAGUUUUGAAAUCAUUAUUUUACAUGAAUUAUCAAUCGUUAAGAUUUAAAUUAGGAGGUUUAUUGAAUCGACGUAUUUUUUCAUUGGUUUGUCGUCGUGAUAUGGAUUUUAACAAAGUUCAAAUGAAUCAAAUUUUCGAUCGACUUCAACAAGGAUUACGUCGUUGUGAUAUCAUAUUAGUUUCACCCGAAGCCAUUCUUUCGUUCGAUUUGUUAACGAUCGAUAAAUGUCGACGACAUGAAUUUGACACGGCUCGUUCAAUGUUAAUGGUACAACGAUGGUUAAAAACAUUUGUUCGAGAUGUUUUAGAUGAAUCCGAUGAAAUUUUACAUUGUAAAUAUCAAUUAAUUUAUACAGUUGGUGCUCAACAACAAGUAGACGGAGGUGUGGAACGCUGGAAAUUUAUUCAGUUGAUUUUAAACUUAGUUAAAAAAUUUGCUGCGGAUAUCGUACAAACUGAUUCUGAUGAUAUUUGCUAUAAACCACCGAAACGUAAAAGUGCUUUUCCGGAAUUUCGGUUAUUAUCAGAUCGGCCAUUUCCUAAAUUAUCUGCAACAAUUGCCAAUGACUGGCUUAAUCAGAAAUCAUAUCGACAAAUGGAUAAACAGUGUAUUUUAUCGUUUAUUUUCAAUAUGAAAACCUCAAUUGAUGUUUUCGGCGAUCGAUUCCCAUCGAAUGAUAUUCAAUCGUUUCUUAUUCUUCGCGGUUUACUAUCUGCCGAAGUCUUAUUGGUUGCUUUGAAAAAACGGUAUCGAGUUCAAUAUGGUGUCAAUCUCCAUUCGAGUUUUAAUCGAUUGAUGGCUGUACCAUUUCGAGCUAAGGACGUUCCUGCCGAAAGAACCGAAUUCGGUCAUCCAGAUAUUGCACUUCUCCUAACACAACUUUCGUACUACUACAGUGGUUUGAAUGAUUCGCAGAUACUUCAAUGCUUCAAUCGUUUAAAUGAAGAAGAACGAGACCCAGGAUCGAUCUAUGCUGAAUGGAUUUCACAGGAAGAUGAAAAUGAUGUUUCUCAAAGUAUCACACAAUGGAAAGGAAUCAAUCGGAAAGACGGUCAGCAAGAAUUUCGUCAAAUUUGCCUCAUUCUACGCUACAAUAUGUUAGUGAUCAAUUAUUUCUUGAACCACUUUGUCUUUCCUCGAGAAGCGAAACAAUUUCCUCAUAAAUUGGUUUCCUCAGCUUGGGAUUUAUCUUCAGCCGUACGAACAAAUAUUGUUACCGGAUUCAGUGGUACAAAUGAUACACAAUUGCUAUUACCCUUGCAUAUUCAUCAAUGUGAUUUAUAUCAGUUGCAACAAACUGAUGCCAUUGUCGUUAAUAAUUUAUUACAACCGGAAAAUGAAAAUUAUCAACAUUUAUCGGUCAAUGCGAUCUCAGAGACGAUAUUAUCUGAAAUUGUCAAUUAUGAACCAACAAUCAACGUCAUUCUCGAUGUGGGUGCUCUAUUUAUCGAUGGUACAAAUCGUAGCAUUGCAAUCCAUUGGUUGAAACUAUCGGAUAAAGCUAAGAUUGAUUAUGCGAUUUAUUUCGAAUCCAAUUGUAUCGUUGUUUGUGAUCGACAAUUUCAUCAUCAUUCCUUUCUAACAUCACCUGCAAGCGAACGACUUGAUCGUUGUGUUAUUUAUUUAGAUGAAGUGCAUACACGAGGAACUGAUUUCAAGUUUCCAAGUGGAUUCAAAGCUGCAGUUACCUUAGGAAAUGGUUUAACCAAGGAUCGUUUUGUGCAAGCGUGUAUGAGAAUGCGUAAACUAGGAGAAGGCCAUUCAUUGACAUUUUGGAGUUCAGAUGAAGUACAUCGACAAAUUAUGUUGUUGAAGACAAAUUUAUUACAGUACAAACACAAUGAUUCUUGUCAGGUCAAAGAUAUUCUGCGUUGGGUAUACGAGAAUACACAACAUGCUACUUGGGAUGGAUUGCAUCACUGGGCAGUACAAAGUCUUAGUUAUCAACGGAAAGUCAACGCCUUUCGAAACAUUCAGUGGACUGAUCAUCAGCAAAUUUAUACAGAUCAAAUGAUGGAAGAGUUAGCGGAGAAAUGUUUAGAACCGGAAAUUCUUGAAUUGAAACAAAUGUAUGGUGCACCUAGAGUAUUACAAACCAUAUCAGAGAUUUACACAAUUCGCUAUCAACAUUCGAUUAUUCAUGACUCCGAAGAGCUUCAUCAUGCUGUAUUACAACGAAUAUAUACGUAUGGUGGAUCGAAACAACGUCUGUCGCAAUUUUUGGAUGAAGAGCAACAAAGAGAAUUAGAACAAGAGUUAGAACAAGAACGAGAACAAGAACACGAACAAAAGAGUUCUCGACCUGUUCGUCCAUGCGAACCUAUACUUCAUGAAGAAAUCAAAAGGCUAUGUAAUCCAGAGGACUCCAUGCUGGACUUGGCCGAAUUACCUUUGGUAUUUUGUCCCUUAGCAUAUGCUUUCAUCGAUUCAACAUUCUUUGAAGUAUGUCAACCUAAUAAUUGGCAACCAAAUUUUUGGAUUUCGACAGAAUUUCAACGAGUAAUUGAAAACAAAGAAGAAUCAUUAGAUCUAUUUUUACGUCCUCCACGUUGGAUAGUAGUCUAUCGAAAUGAGCAUAUUAUUUUUGUCAACGCUUUUGAAGCCAAUUGGUUAAUGGGACAAUUGCACCAUCUUUAUCACCAGGAAGAAUUACACGUACCCUCAAUCACUACAUUACGCUUAUUACUACCACGUCUCAAGCGAAAUCAAUCAAUCUUCGCCCAUACACCAGCUCUGACGAUUCCUCAUGAUGCUAUCGAUUUCGUUUUACCCGUGGAUUGGUUGGCUCAAUUAUUCGUCUUCAACGGUACAAUUUAUUUCGAAACUGUUGAGGAAGAAACAGCCUAUUGUCAAUGUUUAGCUUUGUGUCUCAAACCUCGAACGACAAUCGAAGAAGAUGCCUUUGAAAACGGUUGGAUUGCACUUGAUGGAUUUGUUCAAGAGCCGGAACAUCGUUGCCAUUUACAGAUUGAUCGAGCUCGAUUCAAUUCUAACCCUUUAGCAUUCGUCAAAGAACUCCUUAAAAAUCGAAACAAUACGUAUGCAUCUGUAACUUCACAUAUUGGAAAUAUUAUUUACAAUUCUUUCAAAUCUCUCACGCCUGAACAAGGCUAA